AUGGCUACCCAAAUGUCUGCCUUGAUGGACCUCGUGUGCCAGGCUCAACCAAGUUUUCAAACCUACCAGGCUCUCCUCGUUAUUGGUCUCCAAAAUGAUUUCAUCCAGCCCGACGGACGUCUCCCCGUGGACAUUACGACAGGAUUUCUAGAUCGUAUACAAACCCUGAUUCCAAGAUUUCGUAGGCUCAAUGGCAAGGUGAUUUGGGUAAAAACUGUGUAUGAAGCAGAUCGGAUCGCCAACGACGCAAACAUAGGAGAGGGAGAUCCAGUCACGGUGGGAAAUUUGGUGGAAGACGAAGCUAGUAUCGAAGGUGUUGAGCAGUCCAGGGGAGCAAAACACAAACAACGCGCGCUCGAUCUCUUGAAGCGCGUCGGGGCGCGCAAGAAGACGGCCCCAGCUCCAAGGACUGUGGUGGAAGAAGACGAAGAAAGCUUUUUGCUCAAAAGUGCGACCAGGGCACCCGCUUGUAUGCCGGGGACACCUGGCGCAGAGUUCGCUGGCGUCACCAACUCGCUGAAAGAACCGUUGGAUUCAAUCAUUAAGACAAGCAACUACUCAGCCUUCCAAGGCACGUCUCUUCUCGUGACUUUGCGCGCAAGGUUAGUCACAGAGCUCUACAUAUGCGGAUGUAUCACGAACGUGUCCGUGCUUGCCACCGUCAUCGAUGGGGCACGACACGGCAUCAAAAUCAAUAUUGUCGAGGACUGUCUUGGAUGGAGAAAGUUUGCAAGGCACGAGCUAGCUUUGAAGCGUAUGACAGAUUUUUUUGAUGCGUGGAUAAUCAAGAGUGAAGACAUACUGGCACGAGAAGAAACAGUCGAAGGGAAUGGGAAUACAGAAAAAGAACUCGAGGCCUUGGUUAAUAAGUUGUCGCUGAAUGACCAGUCGCAAGUAGUAGCUGAGAAAGCUGCCCCGGAUGAAGAACCUAGCGAUGAACAAUUUGCUGACGCGUUGAUGCGAGGUGCGAAGAGUACAAGAGCGGAUCGAGAAGGGGAAAAAGAGGAGAAGAGGGGUGAGACGACGAUGGUCAAGACAAAGAUUCGCAUGAGAUCCAAGGCGAAAAGAAAAGCAAAGAAGGCAGCUGGGGAAUCAAAGAAUGAGGUUGCUGUCCCCGCGAAGAUCCAACCCACAGACGAACAAGGAUCGAAUAGCAGUGCGCCCGCCGAGACAACGCAACCAAUCACAUCGAUUGCAAUUACUGAGAGUGCUCCAACAUUACAAGGACCAGAGGAAUCUAGUUUGCAGCCUCCUGUGCUAAGUGUUGUAAAAGAGGAGGAUCUGCCACUGUCUAGGGAGUCAACAGAAGCGUCAAGUAGCACGGAGACAAACGAUCCAGAAAAAACAACGACAGCCUCAAAAAUCGAAGAGACUCAGAAAACACAGCCUAGCACAUUAUCAAAUGAUCUGUCGUCUAUCACACGCAAAAAAGAGUCUGGCGAAUCAGACCACUCCCAAACUCCUUCAAUGUCCACAAACACACCUAAAAUGGGCAAAUCUUCGAAGCUGCAGUCACUUGCAAACUUCUUAGCCCUUGGACCAGGUGAUUGUAUAGCAGAAGGCGAUUCACGCAUUGUUCAUGAUUUCUUUCCAACCAACUUCCGCCAUCCCACCGAUCCUUCUGAACCGCUGAGAGAUUUGAUAUUCGCACAACUCUACAACGAAGUCCGAUGGCAGAAAAUGCUACAUCAGCAAGGCGAGGUACCUCGCCUCGUGUGCUGUCAAGGCGAAUUCAGCGAAGACGGAUCGAUGCCCGUUUAUCGACAUCCAUCAGACCAGUCACUCCCGCUCUUACACUUCUCGCCUAAAGUUCAGGUAAUUCGCAAACAAGCCGAGAAGCUUGUCGGGCACCCGCUGAACCACGUUCUUAUCCAGCUUUACCGUUCCGGGAAUGACUUCAUAUCCGAGCAUUCUGACAAAACACUCGACAUCGUCAAAGACUCUUCCAUCGUUAACGUAUCUUUCGGCGCACAACGAACAAUGCGUCUGCGCACCAAGAAGUCAGCAAACGAUACGGAAGAGCGCACCACACAACGCGUACACCUGCCCCACAACUCCCUCUUUGUCCUUGGCCUCGCUUCAAACGCAAAAUGGCUGCAUGGAAUCAUGGCUGAUAAGCGGCUCCCAGCCGAGCGCAGCAGUCCUGAGCUUGAUUACAACGGCAUGCGUAUCAGCUUGACAUUCAGACACAUCGGAACCUUUCUCGACGCAAAAGAAAGCAUCAUAUGGGGUCAAGGCGCUACAGCAAAGUCGCAGAGCGACGCAGCGGAUGUCAUAAACAGCGAUGAGAAAGAAGCCGAACGCAUGAUCCGAGCCUUUUCACACGAGAACCAUAGCAGUGACUUCAACUGGGAGGAGCAUUAUGGCGCAGGCUUCGACAUCCUGCAUCUGCACACACCACCUGCCGACCUUCCUAUUCUUUUCGCUUCGAAAACUGGGAUUGAAACCAAGCAGGUGCAGCUAGCCUUGUGGGAGUGCAAGAUUCCACACACUCUGAUGGAUGCACCGGUUCUCGACCACGCGUUCGAGCAUGCACAACCCCGCGAAAUCACGUUCAGAGACAAUGAUACACAUCACACUGAAGUUUCACUUGUACAGCCCGUGUUGCUGUAUCUCGAUCGCUAUCACCCGCUCGAUCGCUCCGACUCGCGUGCGUGCACCGCAGCUGCGCACCCGGUCAUCGCCCUUGCAUCCACGCUGCUGGAGAAGUAUCAGCGCUGGAUUGAAGGUGAAGCAGAAGGUUUCGUCAAUGCGCUCGCCGUGCUCGAGGAACGAGUGCAGAUGCACGGAGGACCGUUUAUCGCAGGCAAGAGGUUCAGCAUUGCGGAUUGCUUUGUCUGGCCGGUCGUUGAUGAGUUGGUGGGGUGGGCGGGCUGGAGUCGGGAAAGCUAUCCGGCGUUGAGCGAGUAUUAUGUGGGGACUUGGAGGAAGAAGGCGAGCGUGAAGAAAUUGCGGGAUGUGUUGGGGGAUAUCGUGGAGAAAACUGGGAGUGGGGAGGAGCGUGUGGAGGGAUGA